AUGGGCGAAGAGAUCAAACCCCACGUUUCAAUCGAGAAAGGCAUCAGCCCUAUAUCCGAGCAUCUAACCCGCCCCCUCCAAGACAUGUGGAUGUCGUACUACAACACAAUGUACCCCUUCGAAACGAAAAAGAUAGUGUACGCAUUGGAGAAGCUAGGCAUGAAGGUGGAGUGGCCACAAAAAAUGAAAUUGGACCCAAGCACCAGGAGGUCAAACGUCCUCUGUGAAUUCCAUCAAGAAAGGGGAUACAAGACCGAAGAUUGCAUAGGUCUGCGGCAGGAAGUAGUUAGGUUGUUGGAUCAGGGGUACCUGAAAGAACUGCUCAGUGAUAAAGGAAGGUCCAACUUUGCCAGAGGGCGCGAUCCAUCUCAAGGACCUCCAAAGUCACCAUCGCCAACGCGCACCAUCCAGAUGAUCAUUGGCGGUGGCGACGACAUGAUAAUCAACCAUGUGAAAUUCACCACCACGCAUAAACUCAAACGGACGAUCGCCCACGAAUGGUAUGAUGACCUCGAAGACAGUAUCAUUUUCGAUAAGUCAGAUGCUGAUGGUUUGUCGUUCCCUCACUAUGAUGCUUUGGUUAUAACUUUACGCAUCGCCGAUACAGAUGUAAAAAGAAUCAUGGUAGAUGACGAAAGCGUAGAGCGGACGUCCAGAGAAAUAGUGUUGCAUGUCCUAGCAGGAGGAGUCACCCUGGAAAUAACAUUACAUGUCAUGAACCAGGAAACAGCCUAUAACGCCAUCAUAGGGCGACCAUGGAUACACGCUAUGUGA